AUGGCAUUGCAACAGAACACCUUGGAUAAAAUACGCCACUUUGCGGAAAGCAAUCGCAAACUCGAGGAAGAACGCGCCCACCAUCCAAUUGACUACCAUGCAUACAACCACCGACUUGACCAGACCGUGCAACAGCUGCAAAAUCAAGUAAAGCGCCAGGAACAUGCUUUGCAAGAGCUCCGCCGCUCCACCACAAACGGCCUCCCCCACGCAGGCCUCGACCCCCGCACGCGCCUUGCGCAAAUCAGACGCGCAACAAAAGCAUACAAAGCCCUCUCACAAACUGAGCCUGACUUACCACGCCAAGGCUCUCCCCUACCUGCCCUGCUCGCAUUGCGCGAAACAGCCCGCCAAAUCCUCGACCUCAAAUCAAGCAUAUCUGCCACAGCCCAAGAUCUCAGUACAAACCGUGAGCGGCUAAAAGCCGAACAAGCUGCUGCGCGCGAUGCCCAACUCAUCAACACACGCUUGGAUGAGCGUAUUAAGACUUUACAGUCCACACGGCCAGAAGAACGCGAGAAACGACCGGCGCAGUUGGCUAAGGAGCUCAUGCAACAGCAGCGCAAGCGUAAGGGCGAGUUGAAGAAUAAGACGGCUGCGCUGAAGAAAGCGCUGAAAGCAUUUAUUGAUGAUUACUUAGCUGCGAUGUUGGCUGCGGAGGAUUUAGGGGGCCCGGUUGUAGGGGAUCAGCUGGAGGUGUCGGAUGCGGCACUGGUGGCGGGAUAUACGACGCAUGGGAAGGAGAAGAGGACCAAGGGUGCUGUGGGUGUGGAUGUGGAAAGGGAUUCAAGGCAGCAGCGGAUUGAUGAGCUUGUUUAUCGUCGAUCGAGUGGCGGUGGGGAUGGGGAUGGUCAAAGAGCUGGAAUAGGUAACAAGCGUGAGGCAGCUGGAGCAGAGAUGCAUGAUCUGAUUACCUCGUUGCUGGAUGCUGCGGGGACAUCAUCCUAUAUCGAGUUAGAGCGGGAUACUGCCGCAUCUAGGUUCCUGGUGAAAGCGAAAAUUGCACAAUUUCAUCCACGAGAUGCACAUCGGUUGCGGCUGAUUGAUUUUGGGAGAAAACUGGUUGAUUGA